CUAGAAAACAUCGAUAUUUUCUAGCUAAACAUCGAUGAAUAUCGAUCAUCCCUACUUCCUCAUUAAAUUUUGUACUUGUCUACUAAGUCUGUGUACUUGUCCAAAGUAACCAAAACUUACGAUUAUUAUAUUUAAUAUUAAAUCGACAAAUAUCUAGUGUCAUUCUUAAUAUGUUUCGAAAUGCACGUAUUUAUAAUCCAAAACGGAUUAAACAUCUUGCUGUUUAUAUUCAAAGACAGUCUUUUUUGACAAACGAUUAUAAGUGCGAUGAAUCUUGGAAGAAACAAACUUUAUCUCCUACGAUAGACCAAAUAAACCUUAAUGAUUUUUAUAAUAAAAUAGAUGUUCAACACUCUUCAAAAGGAGUCAUAAGUGCUGUUGACGUCGAUAUUUUUGCCAAUGCUAUCAAAGAUGCAUCCCACCUUGAUGAACUUCGCGAUUUACUUCAUAGACUGAGACUGUCUGCGGAAACAGGCCACACGUUGGAAUCAACACAUCAUGCCACUAUAAGAAAUUAUAUUGAAUAUGGAAAUAUUCAAGAUUUACUAAGUAUUUUGAAAGAUCCUUUGAAUUAUGGACUGUUUCUUGACGAAUUUUCUGCAAAUAUAUUAUUAGAUAAACUAAUUAAGUCUUCGGAUUUUGAACAAGCUGCUAAUGUUGCAGCUUUAAUCAUGUUACAGGAAGAUUAUAAUAAUGAAAUCACAUGUUCAUUAUGUCUCUAUGCUUGCUUUAAAUUUAUUAAGAAUCAUACUAAACAAAUAGAACCAGAGUUGAUAGAUGACAAGAAGAAGAAAGUUGAUGAAAUCAAAAUCCGAGUAAAAUUUUUAAGAAAUCCAUAUUUUGAUGACCAUUUCGAUAUAAAUGAUGUAUAUACAUUAUCUGGUAAAACCUUAGCUUGGAUUUCAGAAAGGAAUUCAGAUAACUUAAGUACCAACUUACAGAUUGUUGGAUGGUGUUGUUAUAAGAAAUAUGAUAAAUUGCUAAUUAUAUGUAAAAAUUUUGUACAUAAACCUUCUUCAACAAUAUAUAAAGAAGUGAUUGAUUUUUUAAAUAAGGAAAUCAAUUCUAUUGAAGGAGAUGCAAAAUCAAUAUUAGAAAAUUGUGUGUCUAUGUUGAGCAAAAUAAGUCAUGCAAAAGAACCUAUAGAGGUAGCAAUAGAAACAAUGAUAGAGAAUUCAAUCAACAAAAUUCAAAAUAGUGACAUUAAAAAGCAGCACCAGUUGUUUCAAUUAUGGUCAAAUAUAAGAGAACAAAAAGUGAUUGAACAAACGAAACGGCUGGAUAGAGCUAAACGCAUUGAGUUCAUUUGUCAAAAACAAGAAGAUCUUAAAAAUGAGGAACAGAAAUUGUGGUUCUUUGAAAAUGAAGAUGCUAUUGAUCUUCAAAUAGAGGAAAAAGAAACAAGUGAGGACAUUGCCUCUGCUAACAAAAAAAGUUCCAAAAAAGCAGAUGAAGAUUAUAUUCCUCCAGAAAUUCGUCCUAUGCGAAAAUGAAUAUGUAUGGAUGAAUAACACAAAUAAAAAUAAUGUUCAAUUA